GUCCUGCCCCUCAGCAACUGCUUACGGCACGGUUAUGAAAACUAAAGACGAGCUUUUGAUGCAGAUUAACAGUAAGAAUUGCUGCUUCCUGCUGUGCGUUCUGUCUCAUUGAUAUUUCCCGAAGUGUUUACAGUGCUGCCUGUGCAGUUGAGCUUUUGUGUACAGACGGAAGGAAGAUUCACAACAGAGAGAUUUAAUGAUGACAACAUCAUGGAGCGAUCGACUUCAGGACUAUGCAGAUCUCCCAGCAAACAUGGAUGGCCUGGCGAUGAAGAAAUACAGGAGAGAGGCCUAUCAUAGAGUGUUUGUGAACAGAAGUCUGGCCAUGGAAAAGAUUAAAUGCUUCGGCUUUGACAUGGACUACACUUUAGCGGUAUACAAGUCACCUGAAUACGAAUCGUUGGGCUUUGAUCUGACUGUGGAAAGGCUGGUCUCCAUUGGCUACCCGCAGGAACUGCUCGGAUUUGUUUACGACCCCACUUUCCCUACAAGAGGUCUGGUGUUUGACACCAUGUAUGGCAACCUCCUGAAGGUAGAUGCUUAUGGAAACAUCCUGGUCUGUGUCCAUGGCUUUAACUUCCUGCGAGGCCCUGACACCCGAGAGCUCUAUCCCAACAAGUUUAUCCAGCGUGAUGACACAGAACGCUUCUACAUCCUCAACACACUCUUUAACCUUCCAGAAACAUACCUUUUAGCCUGUCUGGUUGACUUCUUCUCAAACUGUGACCGUUAUUCAAGCUGUGAAAGGGGCUUUAAGGAUGGAGACCUCUUCAUGUCCUUCAAGAGCAUGUUCCAAGAUGUCCGAGAUGCUGUAGACUGGGUACAUUUCAAGGGAACGUUGAAAAAGAAAACAGUGGAAAACCUGGAGAAGUAUGUUGUGAAAGAUGCCAAGUUGCCAUUGCUGCUGAGCCGCAUGAAUGAAGUCGCUAAAGUUUUCUUAGCCACCAACAGUGACUACAAAUACACAGAUAAAAUUAUGACGUACUUGUUUGACUUCCCCCAUGGCCCAAAGCAUGGCACUUCACACCGUCCAUGGCAAUCAUACUUCGACCUCAUCCUAGUAGAUGCUAGAAAGCCUUUAUUUUUUGGAGAGGGAACUGUUCUAAGACAGGUGGAUACGACUACAGGCCGGCUGAAAAUAGGAACAUACACUGGACCUUUACAACAUGGCAUUGUUUACUCUGGAGGUUCUUCUGACAUUGUGUGUGACCUGCUUGGAGCAAAAGGGAAGGAUAUUGUGUACAUUGGGGAUCACAUUUUUGGAGAUAUUCUUAAGUCCAAGAAGCGUCAGGGUUGGCGGACGUUCCUGGUGAUUCCUGAAUUGGCUCAGGAGCUGCAUGUUUGGACAGACAAAAGCUCUCUGUUCGAGGAACUGCAGGGCUUGGACAUUUUCUUGGCCGAACUAUACAAGCAUUUGGACAGCAGCAGCAAUGAGAGGCCAGAUAUCAGUGCCAUCCAGAGAAGAGUGAAGAAAGUGACUCAUGACAUGGACAUGUGCUACGGGAUGAUGGGAAGUCUGUUCCGCAGUGGCUCUCGGCAAACUCUGUUUGCGUCUCAGGUGAUGCGUUACGCUGACCUGUAUGCUGCCUCAUUCAUCAACCUGCUCUACUACCCCUUCAGCUACCUGUUCAGAGCCGCUCACGUGCUGAUGCCCCAUGAGUCCACAGUGGAGCACACUCACGUAGACACAGAUACCGAGUCUCCUCUGGCCACACGCAACCGCCACUGUGUGGACUGCAAGGACAUCGACUGUAAAAGAAACCAGCUCACACGCUCCAUCAGCGAAAUCAAACCGCCCCACCUGUUCGCUCAGCCGCCGCAGGAAAUCACACACUGCCACGACGAAGAUGACGACGAAGAGGAGGAGGAAGAGUAGAUGUUUUUGACCUAUCCUAGGGUAAAGAUCUGUAGGGUGAUGAUGAUAAGAGUGAUGAGGAUAUCGUGUGAGGUUGAUGGAUGAAGUAGACUAUAAUUGCCAAACCAAGUUUAAAAAGCUUACCAGAAUUCAGUUCACCCAAACUGACAGUUUCCUCCAUUAAAGAUAACUAAUGCAUAAGUUAUGCAAAAAACAAAAACAGUCACUAUAAAAGCACAUAUUGUCAUGUGAUAAACAUCCAAUGGAAACACAGUGGAAGGGAUGCAUACUUUACUGUGAACUGAUGGUAAAACUCGUGAGUUUACAGACAGCAUGCUGGCAAAGACUCAGAAAAUCCAAGCCUGUUAGGACAAGUGUUAAAGUUGGUUAUUGGAUCCAUACAGAUACACGUUAUAGUCAUAUUUUACUGUUAUCGUUUUUAACAGUUUAGACAUAACUUUUUAAGUAGCCAGUCCAUUCGGUCAGAUUAGCUUGGUUACUACCUCCUGCAAAGACUGUUCCUGUAAAAAAAAACUCUUGCGUUUUAAAGCUAUGUAUGUUGGCAAGGUGUUUGUGUUGAAGUCCUGCGUGUGUUGAGAAUCUGAAUGAAGCACAGAAAACCGAAGCACGGUUCAUUGUGACGUGUGUAUGGAAGUGUAGCCAACACAAGAAUCCAGUUACUUGGCAACAGCAUGCAGCUGCUUUUUUUUAGAGGUUUGUUGUUAACCUCUUGGUUUUCAUCUAUUUUAAUGCAGACAUUUUGGUUAGCGCUAAUGCUACAGAGUAGCAAACAGAUGCCUCGUGUAUUAGGGCGGAAAAUGAGAGACAUCAUAUCAGUACCUGCUCUAAUUUUGGCAACAAUGUCACAUUGAACAAUGACAUACUGUAUUUUUA